AGAUUUGCGAUGAUUAUCGUCUUAACUGGAAUGAAUUUAAACAUUACAACCUGGCUGACUGAAGCAGAGUCAACAUCUUGUGUUUUUGCUAUUUUUCUGGAUAACGGAUAAACUGCUAAGACGCGACGAUUUCUGUUGUGACAAAGAUGCUGAGAAGUAGGAGACAACACCUUGGACACCAGUGAAUGCAGACAUGAGCACACCAUGAAAGAGAUGCAGGAUCUACAUCGUUCCAGUUUUCACGCAGCAUUGACAUCUUGGCAGUCAAACAUGGUCUAUUUUUUAUGUUGAGCCCUCAUCUGAAUUUCCUUGAACUAUGAUGAAAAUCCCAAAAAAAGCGGCCAAACCGCUUCUGGAGGAAAUCAGCACUUCGUCUGUACAAUACAAAAAUGAGAUACAGCGCGACAUCAUUCUCUCGUUUCGAACUGUAAACGCCAGCGAGAUAUUCUUUAAACAUGUUUUUCUAGUAAACAACGAAUCACUGUCAGCCAAAUUCAACGCUCGACGCCAGAAGAUGACUAACAAACAAGAAGAUAUUGUAUAUGUGAGAGUAAAUACCUUAGAGCGUGCGAAAGAAAUCGCAGGAACCGGGGUUCCCGUUUCUUCAGAGCUGUCAAGUGAUCCGCCAAUGGCACUCGGAAACCCAGCUAUGGGCGUAUAUUGCUCUAAGUACAUAGAUUACUCGAGCAACCAGCAAAUCCUCUCACCUGGCGAAGAGUGUGUUCUGAUUAUGUGCAAAGCUCUGAAGGGAAAGUCUAAAGCAAUUGCCGAAAGUGAAGUGAUGAUUGAUCCAACAUUUGACUAUGACUCACAUGUAUCGAAAUCAGCUGGGACUUCGGGAGGGUUAGUAUCUAGUAUCCGCGACUACCACACGUUCUUUCUGGCCAAUCAGAUUUACGUGUACGAGUACACAGACACGGAAACGGAGCGAUAUCCGUCAAGUGUCCUGCCGUUCGCGAUAUUGAAUUUCACUCGGGAAUUCAUCGAUUUUUCUUCCGUUUCUACCAGCACCUUCACCCCAAUAAAGAGUCUUUCGGUUACUUGUCAAAACCCUUCGCUGAGGCCUCUAAAGCCUUUGAUUAUAUGGAGUGGAAAUGUUGUAUCUGUUUGUGCUCAAGCCUCCGCAUCUUCUGACGAAUCAAAGGGAACCCCAACUACUCUGCAAUUCAGCGAGGCAGCUGCUUUGGUGUCAUUCUUUUCACGUGUCAAUCCACUCAAGUUAAGUGAUAAUCGUUUGGAAAUUAUCGGAUGGUUUGACGUUGAGAAUCUACAGCAUUAUUUUGCUGAGAAUCUUUUUCCAAGUCCGCCAGCGGUUAGCGGAAUUUCUCAGAUUGUUCAAGAUGACGCCAAUUCUAGUGUAUUUUACGCGUAUUUCCAAAUUCUUAGUAAAACCCAAGUGCAGGAAAUAAGUUCGAACGUGGACCACGUUCCGAGCACUUCGUUCAGCGAGUACUUCAAAAAUGCACUUCAUAUCAGCAAAGUUGCUGUAUCGAAAAUAAAAGAGUCAUACCUUUACAUAUUCUCAGCUGGAGAGCAUGCAAACCGAAUCGGAAUCACGAAUAAACUUUACAACCCGCCUGUUCUGCAUUGUAUAUAUGUGUCCAGUACGGCUAUAUAUAAUCUCACCUCCUACUGCAAGAGCUCGACUUCGGGUAGCAGUGAGUAUACGAUGAAUGUGGGCCCGGAUCCCAAGAGACAAAAACUAGAAAUGAGAGCAUUUAACAUGAGCGAACCAAGUACUGAAGUUCAAAAUGUGACGACCAAAUUGUGCAACUUUGGAAUCGCAAUAAAUCAAGCGGAAAAUAACACACUUACUGUGGAAAGUUACUUCCCAUGCGAUGUUAUCUCGAAUAAAUUUGACUUGAGUUAUUACAGUAACGAUCCUAAUGAUAUUCCGGUCGAGAGUGUGUCGCACGUCGACCGAACAAUUACAAAUGCGGCCAAGAUGCAAGCCUAUCAGGAGAAACAGUUGGAGGAAAGAUUACAAGCCCAGAAACAGCGAGAGCUGGACGAGAUGCGUGCUCAGUUGGGCUCUAUUACCCAAGCACACAGUCAAAGUGUGGAACAGCAGUUGGCAAGCAAGCAACAAUCGGUAGUGAUUAACACUUUUGCAUUGCCACGAGAAGGAGCGCUGGCAAGGUCGUUUAAGAAGAAGAACAAUGACCCAGCGUCUAUGAUCAACAAAGUUAGAAGACCAACCAACCCCCCUGUACGCCGGGAGUCUAUUCUGUCUUCCCGGUCUCAGCCUAACGAGCGAAGAAAUGCUGCCGAGGAACAGUGGAGACAACAAAGGGCUGAGGAAAUGCAACGAGUAAAUCAGGCAAUGCCCUUGUAUGACUCCUCUGCCAAUAAGAAUGACAAAGACGGCGCCAAUAGUUCUAGGUCAGGUUCUAGACAUUCCAGUCCGUCACCGCCGCCAAUAAUGCCUGUAUCUAACCCUCUUUAUAAUAGAAAAGGAGGCGGAUUAUUGGAUAUGCCGUUGCCUCCAACACUGCCGCGAGCAACACACAGACCACCGCCACCUCCCAGGGACCCCGAAAUGGAAGAUAUCAGUGACAUGGAAAUCAGCAACAGCCCGGAAGAUAAUAACAAUCUAGGAGGAUCGAAUGCCAGGGGUCCCAGAUCGAAGUAUAUGAAAUCAUCGAAUGGUCAACCAGUAGCAGGGGCAAGUGUCAGAGAUCGUGAUCGCGAUGAUUCCCCUGAGGCACCUGCUAUUUUGAUAGACUCGCCGGUAAAACCAAGUGGCGAACUCUUGGGAUCCUUGAAAAGACCUCGCAAGUCAGAAUCAGAUGACGAUCAUCCAACAUUGGACGGGUCUGCGGCACCGGGCACACGAAACAGUGCUAAUCGAAAUGAUCCAAUGGCUUCGCGAACUAGUCAAUCAUCUGUGAAGCAAGAAGUUGCAGACCCUAUGGGCUCGAGACGUCAUUCUGAUAUAAAUUUAGCUGGAAAAAGUAGCAAUCUACCUGAAGCACCGUACGCUAGACCGGAGAGACCACAUUUCAAAGUGGAGGAUGGAAAAUCAGAUAGACGAAAGGCGUUUGUUGUCGAUGAUCGAUCGAUACCCAAGGAAUCAGAUUUCAAAAUGCGAACAGUCGGACAAUUGACGGAGUACUCAGAGGACAAGAAUGAUUACCGUUCGUCCACAUCCAGCAGCAGACCGCCUCCAAAUAACGCCAAUGCUAACAGAGGGCAAACCAUACUCACUAAUCAACUUGGCCAAAGAGUUGAUAUAAACUCUUCGAGUGGCGAUGUGAGCAGAUAUUACAAACCACCUCCAAGUUGGCGUCCGGAAGAUCCAGCAGAAAUGUGCAAAAAUUUGACAGUCUCAUUUUUCAAGUCGAAACUGAACAGACUGGGAAGACCUCAGAGGGACUUGAACACUCCUCGAUUCAAGGGCUACAGGUUCGAAAGAGAUUACAGGCCAGACAACGAGCUGAUCUACAGGCUUGACAGAAUGAUCCACCAAUCCGAGGACAGAGCCGAGGCACGCCGUAAAGAAGAGGAAAGAUUGAGGGACCGAAUCGAACGAGAUAUGGGCAUAGGAAGUAGCGAGACGGCUGAAGUGUCGACUGAAAACGAAAUGCGACUGCUGCAAAAACGACUCGGACGCGAGUUGCGAAACGACGAAUGGGACGAGCAAGAGAGUCGCUUCUUAAAAGAUAUGUUGGACAUGAAUUUAGGAAUUUGGCCUCAGUCGGAAUCGGGGGGACGCUAUUCGGGCGGAGGAUACCAGCAGGAAAGGGGGAGAAUCAACAACAAAAGAAGUUAUGACAGGGAACCGAAUCGAAAUCGUCAGGAUCGGAGAUGAAGGAGAGUGGCGGGAAAACUAAACAGAACUCGGUUCAUUUUUAGACUGAUAUUUAUAGACCAAUAUGUUGUUACACUUCUUAUGUUACUUAAAUUGUGUUCGCUCUUUGUGCAUUUUCAGCACUGUUUAUUACUAAAAUGAUCUGAAUGAAACUUUGGAUAUUAUUCCGGCCAAGUCAAUCAGGUCAUUUUGCAAUAUAAUCCGAUCUUUGUCAGUUAUUUUUUCGGGACUUCAAUAUCAGUUUACUAAAGAUGAAGCUUCUGUUAUUUUGAAUAAUCAAA